GUUUAUGUGAAUGCUUGCUUCGGUUUAGCAAAUAGUAGGCUGGAAAUGUAAGGAUUGCUUUAAAUAAAGCUAGAAGAAAGGGGAGAAGAAAUCCAUAGGUGAAAGUGACAAAAAGUUUGGUCGGCCACGUGCUGUGCCAUGAAAGACAGGAAACGACCGCCAAAGGUGCCUCUCGCUUUAGUUCCGGUUUUAUUAUGCAUUUUUUUCAGCUAUUUUUUGUUAAAUUCAUUCCACCAUAACAUAUUCUCGUUGUCGACGUUAAUAACAACUUUUUACUAUCACCCAUCCUGGUUAUUGUAUAGGAAGACAUUGAUAAGGAGAAAGUUUACAACUUUGAAACCCUCCCUUCUCUAUUUGUCAUUACUAGAAAGGCGAGGCGACACAGUUUCUCUAUAACUUGUUACCGUCCCCGCUCUUCUGCUGUUUGCCCUCCUUUUUCUUUUUCCUUCUUCGCCUUCACACAUGCACGGAUUCUGUAGACCAUUAUAAUACACACCCACACAGAAGUAUACACAGAGAGAGACCCUGUAGAAGGUUAAUGGCUUCACUUCUACGAGUCUCGGAUAGGAAUAAACAGAAGAAACAGAAAAACAACUAUGGAUGGGUGCGCCUAAGUACCUUUAUGGCGGAGGAUCAAGAUCCAUCUCUUGUCGACAAAAUGGUAAAGAACACGUCUUCGAGUUCGCCAUCUCAUCACGAAAACUGUUGUAAUGGCCAUCACCACCACCAUCAACAGCAACAACACAACAACAACAACAACAAUAAUAAUAAUAUUCAUAACAACAAUGAGAGCAACAAGUCUUCUGGGGAGACCGACCCUGAAAAAGUUCGGGAAAGUUAUGAAACAAAUGGUUUAUCAGGCGAACAGUCUGAAAAACAACAGGAAACAUAUUGCAAUCACUCUCAUACAGUUUCAGCUCAUGAGCUGUGGCCAUGCUGGGGCACCGCCAUUUGGUGUUGCUACAUAAUUUUACUUCAUGAAUUUUACUUCAGUAAUUGACAUUUGGUGCAUGAGAGAGUUUGAUGCAGCUGCCCUCAUCUGCACCUCUUGCUGCGAAGUUGAUUCAUCUGGGACACUUGACAGGAAGAGGUCCAGCUUAAUUUUGAAGACACCUACACCCACCCAAUGCAGGUCUCUUAUGUCCUUCGGGAGGAUACUGAAGAGCUGUGGCCAGGCUAUUGCAAUAUCUUGUCCUACAUCUUGA